AUGGCCAGUGAUGCCUCCCACAAUCGUCGCUUUACCUCCAAGGAUGGAUCUCUGGCUACGGAAUCGACCUCAGCCUCCGCUGUGAGCGGGACACACGAUUCAUCCGUGGCAUCCACGCCGAUCUCGUCGUCCUCGUCUACAACGCUGCCUAGUUUGGAAGAGAAGAACAACGAAGUUGAAGACAACCCGGACACCUCUGAAGAAUGGAGGCGUGGUGCAGGGUUCUGGAGAUGUUUUACCGCAAUUUGCAUCCCCAUUCUCCUCUCUGCAUUCGAGGGCAGUGUGAUCAGUACCGCGCUUCCGACGAUUUCACGAUCUCUCAGCCUCGGCCCGAGCUCCUCCUGGGUCGCUACGGCGUUCCUGUUAGCAUCCAUUGUCUUCCAACCCCUGUUUGGACAACUAGCAGACAUCUAUGGCCGGCGCUAUUUGAUGAUGGUCGCCGUGGUGAUAUUUGGAGCUGGGAGCGCGAUUGCGGGAUACGCAAACAGUCUGGCCGUUCUACUAUUCGGGAGGGUAGUCCAGGGCAUUGGGUCCGGAGCCAUUGAUCUGUUUGCAGAGUUAGUUCUUUGCGACAUCAUCCCCUUGAGGAAGAGAGGACACUACGUGGCCAUCAAGGCCGCUGUCUACGCCCUAGGGACGACUGUGGGACCACUCCUGGGUGGUGUCUUUGCUCAGACCAACUGGCGGUGGUGUUUUGCGAUUAACCUCCCCGUCUGUGUCAUCGCUCUGGUCCUCAUGUGGUUCUGGCUGCAACUCAAGAGCGGAAACUCACGGAAGGGCCGUACUCUCGGUCAACAACUCGGACGGGUGGAUUUCGUCGGCAUCGCCCUCCUGACAACGGCGGUAGUGUUGAUCCUGUGCGCUUUGAGCUUAGCAGGCACUGUGUACUCUUGGUCAGAUCCAGCAAUUGUGGUGUCUGUGGCCGGCGGCUUUUCGGGCAUCAUAGCCUUUAUCAUCUGGCAACGGUCACGGCGAUGUCGACACCCCAUCAUGGCGCCGCAUGUCUUUUCCAACCGCACAACGACCACGGCCCUGUUCAUCACGGCGGUCCACGGCUUCAUCACAUACGGGUUUCAGUUUUAUCUCCCCCCAUUCUUCCAGGCACUGCUGGAAGCAUCGCCUUCCCAAUCAGGGGUUCUCAUCCUCCCCUGUAGUCUUACCAUUGUGGUGCUUGCUGCCCUGGGCGGCCCCCUCCUAGCAAAGUUUGGGCAAUACCGUCUUAUGCACCUGGUGGGCUUUACCCUCAUGGUGGCGGGGUUACUCCCCUGCAUACUCUACGUUGAUUCUGGGUUGGUCAGUCUUUGGGUCAUCUUGUCCUUCCUAAUUGGGACCGGUUCCGGCCUCAUCGUUUCAACCACACUGCCCACAGUCCUUGUGGAGCUUACAGACAAAGAGAAUGCCGCGGCGACCGGGUCUUGGGCCUUUUUGCGGGGCUUGGGAUCCCUCUUGGGGGUGGCCAUUCCCAACACAGUGUUCAACGCCCAAUUCGCCACGGCGCUCGACUCGAUGGACGAUUCUUUAGCGAAACACGAGUUGAGCAAUGGACAGGCCUAUGAACAUGCCUCAACGUCCUUUAUUUCGCAGUUGGACGGCACCGUCAAGCCGCAGGUCCUUCACGCAUUUACCACGAGCUUUGAACUGGUCUGGGCUGUAUUUCUGGCAUUGGCGGUCGUGGGCUUGCUUGCCACCUUCUUAGAGAGACAGAUUGGGCUCAGGAGGAGUUUGGACAGCGACUUUGGACUGAAGCGAGUGCGAGGACCGCCCGGGAGCGAGGGGGGAUAA